CACAAGUGAUAGCGAUCUAGGGAUUGGAUAUGAGGUUCCCGUGUAGAGCCAAUCACAUUCAUUUGGAGGCGCGGUUAAUCAAGCCAUACGGAAGUUACUGCGCAUUCCACGUUUUCGAAGCUGAGCUUACACUGCACCAGCACCCAAGCCCCAGUUAGCCCGUUCCAGCCCCAGUGAGCCCGUUCCAGCCCCAGUGAGCCCGUUCCAGCCCCAGUGAGCCCGUCCCAGCCCCAGUGUGAGCUCCAAUCAUUAUGUGGCCAGUGUUAUGGAUGUCCAUGCGUACCUACGCCCCCUACAUAACCUUCCCGGUGGCCUUCGUGGUGGGGGCGGUGGGGUACCACCUGGAGUGGUUCAUCAGGGGGGACACCACCCUUAAACCUGGGGAGGAGAAGAGCAUCGUGGAGCUGAGGGAGGAUAGGAAGCUGGAGGAAGGGGCAGGACGGGACAGCACCCAGGUCCUCAGUCUCAAAGAGAAGCUGGAGUUUACCCCCAGGGCAGCGUUGGACCGCAACCGACCCGAGAAGAGCUAACCGUGGGUUUAGGCUGACUGGUGUCCACCACUCCUAGUCCUGGAACAAGGGGUGAAGGGAGUGGAAUGAUGGAUAUAAACCCUGGUUUCCUGAUGCUAUGUAAUGGCCAAUAAGAGGUGUUGAAGCCACUGGUCGGCCAUAUUGGUACUCCCCAGAAGAAGCAGUUCACCAUAGGAGUGAAUGGAGUUCUGCAGAAUUUCAAUUACAUUUUUCAAGGAGAAAAUUAAAUGUUUUAAAGUAUGUUGUUGUAGUGGGGACAGAAACUUUAGAACUUACUUUAAAAGUUUUUUUUUGUUUGUUUUUUUGUUUAGUUCACAUAAUUUAAGAGUGGAUUAAGGUGUAAUGCAUGUGACAAAAACAAAGGGGAUCACAAUAAAGGCAUUUUUAUAGCAA